GCAGGCGCGCGGCACGGGGACCCGCCGGAAGAAGCAGCAGCAGCAGCUUCAGCGCGAGCUGGACGCAGACCGACAAAACACCGGCAGCACGAGCGACACCGAGGCGGUCAGCGGGGCGGAGAGGAGGAGGAGGAGGCACCUGCACAGCGACUCGUUCUCCCCCGCUGCCUCUCGUCGUCUCUCUCUCUCUCUCUCUCUUUCUCGCUCUCUCUUCGCUCUCCUCACCCCCCUCGUUCCUCUCGGACCGCCGCCGCCGCUGCUUCCUCGUUAAGAUGGCUGACCCCAACAGCGACGGAGACGUACCGGAGAGCGCGCGCGGUUUCGCCCGACAGGGAGCCCUCCGCCAGAAGAACGUGCACGAGGUGAAGAACCACAAGUUCAUCGCGCGCUUCUUCAAGCAGCCCACCUUCUGCAGCCACUGCACGGACUUCAUCUGGGGCUUUGGGAAACAGGGAUUCCAGUGCCAAGUGUGCUGUUUUGUGGUCCAUAAGCGCUGUCAUGAAUUUGUCACCUUCUCCUGUCCGGGGGCCGACAAGGGGCCCGCCUCUGACGAUCCUCGUAGUAAACACAAGUUUAAGGUCCACACUUACUCCAGUCCCACCUUCUGUGACCACUGUGGCUCGCUUCUCUACGGGCUGAUACACCAGGGAAUGAAAUGUGACCAUUGUAUGAUGAACAUCCACAAGCGGUGUGUGGCCAACGUCCCGAGUCUGUGUGGGACAGAUCACACCGAGAGGAGAGGACGCAUCCACAUCUCUGCCCAAAUCACUAAGGACACUCUCACCGUCACCAUCAAAGAGGCGAAGAACCUGGUGCCCAUGGACCCCAACGGCCUGUCAGACCCCUACGUGAAGCUCAAGCUGAUCCCAGAUCCCAAGAGCGAGAGCAAGCAGAAGACCAAGACCAUCAAAUGCUGCCUCAACCCCACCUGGAACGAGACCUUCAACUUCAACCUAAAAGAAAGCGACAAAGACCGCCGUCUGUCGGUGGAGGUCUGGGACUGGGAUUUGACCAGCAGGAAUGACUUCAUGGGAUCUCUGUCCUUUGGGAUCUCAGAGCUACAAAAGCAAGGAGUAGAUGGAUGGUUUAAGAUGCUGUCCCAGGAGGAAGGAGAAUACUUUAACGUUCCCGUCCAGCCAGAUGGAGAGGAUGGUAACGAAGAGCUACGACAAAAGUUUGAGAGGGCGAAGGUAGGUCCAGGAAAGCCCACAGACUCCUCUUCCUCUUCCUCGGUCUGCAAAUACGACAGCAACGGCAAUCAGGACCGCGUCAAGCUCUCUGACUUCAACUUCAUCAUGGUUCUGGGAAAGGGCAGCUUUGGCAAGGUGAUGCUGGCUGAGAGGAAGGGUACGGACGAGCUGUACGCCAUAAAAAUCCUGAAGAAAGACGUGGUGAUCCAGGACGAUGACGUGGAGUGCACCAUGGUGGAGAAGAGAGUCCUCGCUCUGUCUGGGAAACCGCCUUUCCUCACUCAGCUGCACUCCUGUUUCCAGACAAUGGACCGAUUGUAUUUUGUGAUGGAGUAUAUUAAUGGAGGAGACCUCAUGUACCAGAUCCAACAGGUUGGAAAGUUCAAAGAGCCUCAUGCUGUGUUCUAUGCUGCAGAGAUUGCCAUCGGACUCUUCUUCCUUCACUCCAAAGGCAUUGUGUAUCGGGAUCUGAAGCUGGACAACGUGAUGCUGGACUCUGAAGGCCAUAUAAAGAUCGCCGACUUCGGCAUGUGCAAGGAGAACAUGCUCGAUGGAGUUACCACAAAGACUUUCUGUGGAACACCAGACUACAUCGCCCCUGAGAUCAUCGCCUAUCAGCCUUAUGGGAAGUCUGUGGACUGGUGGGCCUUUGGAGUACUGCUCUAUGAAAUGCUCGCUGGACAGCCGCCUUUUGACGGGGAGGACGAAGAUGAGCUGUUCCAGUCGAUCAUGGAGCAUCACGUCUCUUAUCCGAAAUCCAUGUCCAAAGAAGCUGUUGCAAUCUGCAAGGGGCUGAUGACCAAGCACCCAGGUAAGCGUCUGGGCUGUGGUCCAGAGGGGGAGAGAGACAUCAAGGAGCACGCCUUCUUCCGCUAUAUAGACUGGGAAAAACUGGAGAAUAAAGAGGUCCAGCCGCCUUUCAAACCUAAAGCUUGUGGGCGUGAUGCGGAGAACUUUGAUCGUUUUUUCACACGCCACCCCCCAGAGCUGACCCCCCCAGAUCAGGAGCUUAUAGCCAACCUGGACCAGGAAGAAUUCCAAGGCUUCUCAUUUGUUAACCCUGAGUACCCUCACACAACUCACUGACCAUGCCACAUAUCACUGGGCUGCACUAGUAAACCCCCCACCUCAAACACAUACACACAAAAAUGAAAAAAAAAAAAAAAUCAUAUCCAGGCUGUAUUCGGCAGGGUGAAAAGGUUAAAGGAAGAGUUCAACACUUUGGGAAAUGUGCUGACUUGCUUUCUUUCUUAGAGUUACAAGAGAAGAUUGAUACCACUCCCAUGUGAGAUUAGCCUAGCUUAGCAUAAAGACUGGAAGCUGGGGGAAACAGAUCGCUUGGAUCUCUCCAAAAUUCAAAAAUACGCCUACAAACACCUCUAAAGCUAACAUGUUGUAUGUCAUUUGUUUAAUCCACAUACAGAAAUGUAAAAAUGAUUAUUCGCGGUUUUAAGGGUAGAUACGUGAUUGAACUAUUUCUUGGCGAACAACAGCCAGGUACAGUGACUUCUCAAAGUCUUGUCAUCAAACACACACCAUGUAAUUCCCCCUAAAACCGACAGACUCACGAGGGUUGCCCAGGACCCGCAAGGUGAGGGUCACGUGACCAUCAGAGACAGCCAGUGGUCUAAUUUUCAGUAGCCUUGCUAGCUAGUCUUAUGGUCCUGUAAAAGGGCCGUCCAUGAAGAAGCUCGUAACACAAUAAGUGCCCAAGGAGAGUAAUAUUCUCUGCAGUGAAGAGAAAACACAGUAAAGCCGUGUUUCUUUAUUUUUCUAUUAAGUUUUGACAAACCAGUAGCUUUACCUUACCACUGUGAUUCGAAGGUAAUCAAAAAAAUAAAUGGACGUGUAGCGAAGAAAUAUGACUUUAUACCCUUCAUAAGUAUUCUUGCAAACAUGAUGUCUAGGUAACCACAUUUUGAAAACCACAUUAAAUAUCUCUUUGAGCUUUAGAGGUGCUGGUAGGUGAAUAUUUGAACUCUGCAGACAGCCAGCCGUUUCAGUCUUUAUGCUAAGCCAGGAUUAUCACCCCCUUGCUCUAGUUCUGUACUUAAAGGGGAAUUCCACCAAUUUAACAAAUCAAAGUCUGUUUACAGGUCUACUGCAUAUGUGAAAAAAGUCUUUUAAAGCCUUGUUGUGGCUCCAGACGUCUGAUGAAUCGCUUUGAGUGAUGUCACUUUCAGUUUGGGCUGAAGACUACAAGUUUGAAAAUGAAUAAAAUCUGGGGCUGUGGAGUUAGACAGAGGUGAGGUUACCAGACCUCUGCAGCUCGCUCCUCAUCUCAGCUCGAGGUUACAUUAGCUGCUACUAGCAUAAUAGACUUGAAUCUCCAACCGAAUUGUCGGUUGUGAAGUUGCAUUGUGGGCAACGUAGGCGCCAUGUUUGGACAAGGAGUAAGAAUUCAUGGAAUAAAAGACGUUAUCUCUGGUUCUGCUGUAUCAGUUUCGAUCUUUUUUUUUUAAACUGUCCAUCGUGAGUCCGACAAUGUUGUAGUAGAGAGAUACUAAAUCUGUGGAAUUCUCUUUUCAUCUCACUCUCAGAAAGAAAGAAUGAGCACAUUUCCCAAAAUGUCAAACUACUUCUUUAAAUAACAUCCAGAUGGAAAUGCAGACAGGUGCUCAAACGCUAACAAUCAGGAGAAAUAAACAGAUAAUCACGUGUCAAGUUGCCAGUAGGAGACUAGUCUUGUUUCUAGCGGUCACUCUGUUUUCAGUUCACUGUGGAUUAGCACGUCAUGUUAUCCUGCUGCUCUCAUAUCAGCUCUACUGGCUGUAUUUCUAUCUUCAGUGCACAAACGUUGCUCACUCCUGAAUGCUGCCCGGCUCCUUACAACACCGGCAGGUUCAGGUCGGAGUCCGACCUCGGGGCCGAUCUGAACCUGCCCUCUCUCUCUGUGUCACCCUCCCUAUAAUUGCAUAUUGACUAUGACCUAUCAGUAAUAUUGAUGAGUGUACUAUGAUCACAUAUUGGUAAUAUUCAUACUGUGUAAGUGAAAACUGACCAAUUGCUUUGCUUUGAUUGUUUGAGUACUAAUCAGUUUCCUAAUGUUGACUUUACUUUUGUCUAUAGGACCAAAUACUUCUACACUUUCUGUUCAGUCAGUGUUGUGGUGAGCUUAUCGGAAAAUUUUGCUGAUUUUCAUUUUUAACCAGUCAGAGGAUAGAAGUCUCUAUACAUGCAGUCAGCAAGGAUGUAGGUCAACGUCAAGUUACUGUUUUUUGACUGAAAACUCAUCACUUUUCUCCUGAUUCAUUACUCAAAGCAUUACACUGUGUUUUUAACGAUACAGAGGGCAUAUCUUUUCGCUUGUAAACAACCAUUUUUGGGGGAAUUUCACUUUCCGUGAAGCCCUGUAGAGUCUUGUGAAGCUGGUAGUUUGUUAGCAUACAGAAACACGAUGUCCAAAAGUGCCAAAAUACAGUUCAGCUUCAUGAGGGUGCAGUCAAAAUAUGUCCUUAACAACUGUGAUGAAGGGCAGCCAUCUUGUGCCAUUUUACAGUACAUGUAUGAUUAUUAGAAUAUGCAUUAUAGCUUAUCUGUUCUCCGACAAUACAACCCUUUUAAAGUCAUUUUCAUAUAUAAAACAAACUGUCUGAGAAGACAAAGUGUGUUUCAAUGUGAGACUGGUUGUAUUAUCUUUUUGUAACUGUGUAAUGAUGCAGGGUAGUAACGUGUCAAAUCUAGUUCUUUGAGCUUGUACUGUAUCAAAAAAGGGGAGAUGGCGGCAUGAUGACAUCACUUUUUGUUGUCAUGACAAAAUUUAUGUUAUACAAAGAUGACAGAUGAUGCUGCCAGGUGAAGAAAGUGAGCGUUUAUCGUGAUGACGGCAACGGUGACGAAACAUUUAUGAUAUAACGAGAUAUAGUAUGAGAGAAAACAUAUACAUAUAUAUAUAUAUAUCAAGUUCUACAUCAGAGAGAUAUUUGGAUAAAUUGUUAUGGAUGAGAGAGAUGCUUCUGUGGAUUGUGUAACUGUCCUGUAUGACUGGAAACUGAUAAUAUACUCACUGGUGCCUACCAGACUA